GCGGCAAGCGGUAUUCACACGUUCCAACUUCCAGCCCCAGUCGAGCGUCGUUCCUCGCAGGCGAAGAACGUUUCGGAAUUCCCUGCUUCCGUUGGACGUCGAGUCGAAGGAGCGCGGAGGGUGCCGCCGACGUCGCACUUCAACGUUACACCUCCGUUUCGAGGCCCUCUCCAACGUACCCCGCAGUCGAACCCCACCGCGUUUUACCUGAACCAGGACGACGAAGAUUUCGACGCUAAACGCGAUAUAAUUAAUCAGCGAUCUCGAAAGUAACGUUGACUCGCCGCGGUUCACGGUUCGCCGCCGCCGCUGUCCGUCGGUAUUUCGAGUGUGUGGUUAGUUUUGUUGGUGGUGUUGGUUGGUUUAGCUUUUGUGAGUGGUAACAGUACAGAGUAAAACAAGAGUGCCGGUAGUGUUUCUUCGCUCAUAGUUUGACAAUUUCUUUAUAUUUUUUCCCUCACAUUUUCUCUACGCCUCUGGCUAGCGGGGUUGUUCCGUAACGGGGAGCUCCCAGCCGGGCGGCAGACGACGAUAGAGAUAUACCUGUUAUCGGGAUGUGCGUGUCAUCAUUUUCACCGUGAUAUUAAUCCAACGACGACGACGACGACGACGACUACGACUACCACUCCGCCUGCCCCUUCCGCUGCCGCCGCCGUUAGCCGCUGACAACAAGUUCACGGAACGCGAAUCGUUUGCGAAUAAAGCAAAGGGGAAGAAGCGAGGGAAAUAUCAACAACCGAUUGAACCACCGUCGAGUUGAGGGUGUCCGGCGUAAGACGUAACGUCGUCUACUCCCCGAUGCAACCUAUGGGUAAUCGUGAUAAAUUGAGUAACACCACGUAACGUUAUAAUAACAAUAAUCAUAUUUGUAAUACAACAUUCGCAAAUCCGCAACGGAAGUUUUGAUUAUCUUCUUUUUUUUUUAACGCGCCGUAAGAAAUUUCUGACCCAUCCAUAAAUCUAUCGGUUUUCCGAUCCCGUUCCUCGUACCCCCGAACUUAUUUUAUCCCAAGUGGUGUCGAUAUCGGCUCGGUUAAAAAAAUAAAUUGUUGAAAUUUUGCCAAUUUCAAAUCGCCCGUCUGCGACUACGCUCAAAUUUAACUUCUUUUCUUUUCGCUCUCUCUCUCUCUCUCUCCUCUCUAUGUCGUACCUACGAUAACCCCUUUUCUUUUUGACAACCAAAAAGGUCAGGAAUAAACUGCUGACAGUUAUCGAAAACAUUGUUGCUCAGAUUCCGUACAUCUAACAUUCAUUAAAUUUACUAAAUUUACAAAAAUCGAAGAAGAAGAAAAAAAAAAAAAAACAAUUACCGACGGCCGAAGUGGAUAUAAAAACAAACGAUAACGCCAAUAAUAAUCAUUAUAAAAAAAGAAGAAUGUUUGUGAUAAAUCUUGUGCGACGGUAAAACCUUGAUGGUGGAUAAUAAUUAUCGUCUCACAUCGACCGUGGCAAUCGCAGGUGUACCUCAUGCUGUUGAAGAAUAUAAUAAUAAUAAAAAUUUUAACAAUGAAGUGACGCUUCGUCAAAGAAGUUGACAGUUACCUUAAUACCAAUCACAAAUUGGAAACAAUUAAGAUGUACCCCGCGCCGGCGAGACAUCCAUCCGCUCCCGGUGGCGGUGGAAGCGCAGCUGGAGCUGCCGGUGGGUUGAAAUUCACGGUGGCCGACACUUGCGAGAGAAUCAAAGAAGAAUUUAAUUUUAUUCAACAACAGUAUCAUUCGCUCAAGUUAGAAUGCGAGAAGUUAGCUAAUGAGAAGACUGAAAUGCAGAGGCAUUACGUAAUGCAGUACUACGAGAUGUCCUAUGGCCUAAAUGUGGAGAUGCACAAGCAGACGGAGAUUGCUAAGCGGUUAAAUGCGAUAAUUGCCCAAGUCCUUCCGUUCCUGGCGCAAGAGCACGGGUUACAGCACCAACAGCAAGUCGCCAACGCCGUGGAACGAGCGAAACAAGUUACGAUGAACGAACUCAACGCUAUUAUUGGGCAACAACAGCAGCAAACCUUGCAGCAAAUAUUGCAACAGUUUCAAGCACAGCAACAGCAACAACCCCACGGCGCGGUGGUCUGCGGGCUUCCCCCAGCGGGACUUCUCGGUUUCGCGGGGGCAGCGGCAGCGGCCGCGGGGGUUCCCCCCCAUUUGGCGCCACCCCCGCAUCCCGGUGUAGCAGCGGUGGCGGCCGCCGCCGCCCAGGCACAGGCUCUCCUAAAACCCACGGAUCUUCAACACAGGGCGACAGCCGAAACACCCGAAGAUCGUAAACCCAUUCCAAUACCGGAAGAACGACUGAGACGAUCCGUGUCACCCGGCGAAAAAUUUCGCAGCAGAACACCCGACCUGGAGAGCGAUCCGAAACGUAGGAAAGAAGAAAAACUCGGACAUGAAAGCGAUGGUGAAAAAAGUGACCAAGACCUGGUAGUAGACGUGGCCAAUGAGGAACCUGUAUCACCUCACGCCAAUGGGGAACACGCAGACCCACGCGAGAAUGGAACUAUGGAUAAACAUGGGGCCCCAGGUCCCGGCGGGGGGCCUUCUUCCGGGACCGCAUCCGUCAAGGACAGGCCCCCCUCUAGGAGUGGCAGCUCUUCAGCGCGAAGUACUCCCUCUCUGAAAAGUAAAGAUAUCGACAAACCGGGCACACCUGGGGUAGGAGCGAGGGGAUCUCGCAGCUGUACUCCAACUAUGGGGGGCAUUCCUGGGCCACUGGCCCCACGGGGUUAUCAUCCCCCAUCAUCGCAGCAGCAAACCCCACCUCAGGGCUAUCAGGGCUUGCCCUCCCGCGGCAAUGAGCCACCCCAAUCUCCUUCAUCUUACAACAACUUGCCUUACGCGCGACCACCAAUGCUCGGAUUUGACGGACAUGUUAGAAUACCUUCCACUAAUGGACUGAGUAACGUUCCUGGUGGCAAACCCGCGUAUUCCUUUCAUAUGGACGGAGAGGGCCAACUACAACCUGUGCCUUUUCCAACGGAUGCAUUGAUUGGUCCUGGAAUCCCUAGGCAUGCGAGGCAAAUCAACACUUUGACCCAUGGAGAGGUAGUUUGUGCGGUGACCAUAUCUAAUCCUACAAAAUACGUCUACACUGGGGGAAAAGGCUGUGUAAAAGUUUGGGACAUUGGUCAAGGUGGAAACGGCAGUAUUAAACCUGUGUCGCAGCUCGACUGUUUACAAAGAGAUAACUACAUUCGAUCAGUAAAACUACUGCCUGACGGACGUACCCUGAUAGUCGGCGGGGAAGCGAGUCAACUAAGUAUUUGGGACUUGGCGAGUCCAACGCCGCGGAUCAAAGCCGAGCUCACUUCGUCUGCGCCAGCGUGUUAUGCCCUAGCAAUUUCGCCCGAUUCAAAAGUCUGCUUCAGUUGUUGUAGUGAUGGAAAUAUUGCUGUUUGGGAUCUGCACAAUCAGACUUUGGUCAGGCAGUUUCAGGGUCAUACCGAUGGUGCUUCUUGCAUUGAUAUAUCAGCUGAUGGAACCAAAUUGUGGACGGGAGGACUGGAUAAUACCGUUAGAUCCUGGGAUUUGAGAGAAGGUAGACAGCUGCAGCAGCAUGACUUUACGUCGCAGAUAUUUUCUUUAGGUUAUUGUCCUACUGGAGAGUGGCUUGCCGUUGGAAUGGAAAACUCUAAUGUUGAGGUACUCCAUGCAACGAAACCUGACAAAUAUCAGUUGCAUCUUCACGAGUCCUGCGUUCUUUCAUUGCGGUUUGCCUCUUGUGGCAAAUGGUUUGUGUCUACCGGAAAGGAUAAUUUACUCAAUGCAUGGCGCACACCUUACGGAGCAUCCAUAUUCCAAUCCAAGGAGUCCUCGUCGGUGCUGAGCUGCGACAUAUCAGCUGAUGACAAAUACAUAGUGACUGGUUCCGGUGAUAAAAAGGCAACAGUUUAUGAAGUGAUUUACUGAACUUUAUUCUACUUGUAUAUUUUCAAUAAAACGAAAAAGAAACAUUGUCCUAGAUCUCCUAAGAUUUUUAGCAAUCACGUUAAAAGAGACAUUGUAAAAUAGAUGAUUAAGCAGAUUGAAAUGAAGAGGACGAAAUAACGACAACGCAAACCUGACUAAGCAGAUGGAGCGGAAGCCCCAAAUCUGCCUUGUGUUUGUAUAAAUGUGUUAUAAAGUACAUAAGUAGUGAUAAAAUCGUAUGAAUGAAAUGUAAACAUAAAACAGUGAGACAUAGUUGAAUAAGUUAUUGUUGCGAACAAGUAUUAAGCUAAAGGUAUAUAUUACCUAAUUCUAGGUAUUUUACUAUCAGAUGCAGCAUAAGUAGGUGUGAAACUCUGUACAGAAUUGUACAUGUUAGUUGUAUUUGGUGCGAUGUAUAGGCUUAAAACUUAAAAUAUUACGCUGUAAAGUGACAAAAAGAAAAAAUGAAAAAAAAAAUCGAAAAGAAAAAAACAAAAGCGAAAACUAUUUCUCUACUUUAGCUAGAUGGCAAGGAUUUGAGAUGAGACAAGGCGAAAUCUUUUUAGGAAACUGGUGCAGUGUUAUAUGAUGUUACCGUAAAAAAUUUUGCUUUGACUCAAUAAUAAUUCCUUUCAAAAUAAAAUUACCAAUCGUACAUAAGUGUCGUUUUAUCUAUAGUGCAAUGAACGGUAUAUUUAUAAUUCUAUUUAUUAUCACUAAUAGCCUCCCAGCUCUAGUGGCAAUGUACGUUCUUAUAAACUUAGUACGCCUCCCUCCUCCCAUGCCUAGCAAUAAUACGUGAUAAAAUAAUAACGCAACAAUUUUAUUUAUUGUCACCGCAACAAAAACCAGUGUCAGUGUUUUACAAAGUCAUUUAUGCCGAGAACCGCGUGAUAUAUUUGUGUUAAAUGAAAGAAAAAAAGUUAACGAUGACGAUAUUAUGUAAACGUAUCGAAAUAAAUCUAGUGAAUACAG